GAAAACUCUCCACCUCUCGCUCACAGUGUUUUCCGAAGGGUCUUCCCCCUGGAAUAAAAAUGGGUAGAAAACCCAAAUUUUGGCUUGCUGAAAAGCUACAGAAGCAUGAGAGUACGGAAAUGGAGCCUGAAAGCAAUAAUCCUUCCUUAGAGAAAGUAGAUGUACAGCUUGAAAGCAAAAAUCCUACCACGGAGAAGGUAGAGCCACAACAAGCAAGCUCUUCCAGAACAUCUUUAAGAGAGAAAGCAAAGAAAAUCCCUCCUAAAGUUAGGCGAUCUGGACGUCUUCGUGCAGUUAUGGCUUCAGAAAACCGAGACGCAGAAACACAAGACAUUGAGCGAAUUCUUGAAGAGAUAACUAUCAUUGAAAGCGAGAAAGAAGAUGAGCCUGCAGAUGAGAAAAUGCCAGAUCCUACUUUGAAUAGGAAAAAUUUGGAUGAAAAACUUGACUAUGUUGUAGAACUUCUGGAGGCACAACAAAAAACCAUGGAUUCAUUAAAUUAUGGAGCAAUUGGCAAAACAUUCUUUAAUGAAGGCUCUGGUAUGGGGGAUAUCACGUAUAAAAGCUUGUAUUUAGACUCCCAAAAGAAGGUUCAAGCUUUGACAGAGGAAAAUCGUCAGCUUAAUAGGAAAUUGGAAUAUGCACUUGGAAAAAUUGAAGUAUAUGAGAAUAGGAAUCAUGUGGCUCCUGAAGUGUUGGAGAAGUUGAAAGAUUUAUUCAAAGAUGCACUAUGGUUAUCAGGUCUGACUCGAGUCACUGAAGCAACACGCAAUUCUAGUGCACCUGAAAAUGGUCAUGAUUGCAAUACUUCUGCUAAGAGGAAGAGACUUAACAAAGACAAGAACUAAAUGUGAUAUGGAGAUAUGGAUUGUUAGGACUUGUUAGUGAUCGGCUUGUGACUUCAUGUAUUUUUCAUGUCUCUUUGGAAUAGAUGGAAAUGCUCCUUUCAUUUAGAAUGUAGAAGAAAAGAAAUGAAUUCUUACAUAACAUCAAUGUUGUUUGUUUACUUUA